AUGAAGCUUCUUGGACUCGUUGCCGCCGCCACCGCCUCCCCCGCCGUCUGGAUCACCAAUCAAUGGUGGUCCGAGGCCGUCAACGUCUACAACUUUGCCGUUGCCAACCCAACCGAAUUCGCCGCCGCCGUCAACUCCGUCGGUGACGCCACCUACCAGCCCCUCUUCAGCUUCUGCGGAGGUAUCGAUGGAGCCGUCGAUAGCACCGAGCUCACCACCUGCGCCGCCCGAAUCGCCAACUACGUCGAGAUGAGCGAGGGUAGCCAGAACUACCUCUACCAGUUCGGUGCCAAAUACUGGGAUGUUGUCGACUUCGACGGUUCCGGCUCCCUCGACUUCGAAGAGUUCAAGCUCGCCAUCGGUGCCUUCGCCGCCACCAACGCCCGAGUCGUCAUCGAUGCUUACGACAGCAACGCUGACAACAUCCUCUCCGGCGCUGAGCUCAGCGCAUGGAAGGACCAGGUCCUCUCCACUGGAUCCAGCUGGGGAUGGUCCGUCUCUGAUGCCCAGUGGGGUGCCCUCCAGGCUGCCUACGCUGAUGCCCAGCUUGACGGUGACUUCAACUCCUGCUCUCUUUUGGAAAUCGCCCGAUUCGAGCUCAACGCCGCCAACGUCUUCCUCCACUAA